ACAGUAUCAUAAAGAGGCAUAUGUAUAAGAGAACGAGCCGACAAAAAAUCAAUUCCCGGUCUUCUCGGAAAUCGGGAAUUGCAAGAGGAUCUAGGAAAGCUUCGGAUAUCCGUAUCCUCCCCUCUUACUUAGAUAUUAGAGUCCGGACAGAGGGGCCGACAUAUCUAAUCCGGGCUCUAUUCGAUAUUUGGCAAUAUAUGACAGAAGAAGAGGAUAUUGGAUUUGCCGUUUAUUUUGAUUCUUCUGGGACAGCAAAUAAUUUGGCUGAAAUGGAAUGUGUUUACCCGUAUAUUCGCUUGGAAUGCUCGUUAGUUCCUAUUUCUGGAUCUAUGCUUUGUGAACAGACUGGAAGAUAUAUAAUCGAAUUUGACAAUUAUUAUUCUUGGUUUUCGGCUAAACAGUUGCGUUAUAAUAUUGAAAUUGAUGAUAGAGGAGUGAAUUAAAAAGAGAUUAAAAUUUUUAUAAUUUGUACGGUUAUGCAUAUAAACUAUUUUUACAUUUUAAGUAAAAAAAUUAAAUAUUUAAAAUAUUUUUUUAUUUUGUAAACGAGGGUAGGUGCCACUUUAACGAGUUAUUAUAAAAUUCUGACUCAUAUGUUUGACUUCAAGUUUAACUUCAGGUGCCACAAUACGUUUUAAAAUCUUAAAAACUUUACCGAUCGCAUUUCGAUUAAGUUAAAAUGUUCAAUAGAACCGAGGAAUUAAAGGGGAUUUGGAAGGAUUAAUUGGGAUAUAAUUUGAUUUCGAAGUAUCAAGAUAUGAAAAAUUUGGUAGAUACCGAUGAUUACAUAUGUGGUUGUAUGGAUUAUGGGAAACAAGAAACGAAAAAAUAUUUUCAAACGAAACACGAAACGAAACGAAAUUCAUCAAAAAUCCACGAAAAUCUACAAAAUACGAAACGAAACUAAAAUUUUUGUGCACCUCUGAUUCAGAUGGCCAUUUUUGCCAUUUUCUAUUCG